CGAGUGCGCCUGCGCAGUCCGCCUGGCCGCGGAGGGGCUGACGGGGGUUGUUGUGGCGAGGCGGCGAAGCACGUGAAGAGCGCAACGUCAUCAUAAACACUCGUAGGCAACAUGGCGGCGCCUCCGAGCAGCAAGGUUGUAUAUGAGCAAGAAGGAGUUUUCAUUCAUUCAUCCUGUGGAAAAAAUGAUGACCAGGACAGCCUGAUAUCAGGAGUACUACGUGUCAUAGAAAAGGAAAAUGAAGUAAUAGUAGACUGGAGACCAUUGGAUGAUACUCUGGAUACUUCUAAUAUCCUCUGUGCUGGAAAGGAUUCCAGUUCUGUUGUGGAGUGGACUCAAACUCCUAAAGACAAAUGUUCCCGAGGAGCAGACCGUCCAAGUAGUUAUGAAGCAGAAUGGGACAUGAUCACCACAGUCUCUUUUAAAAAGAAACCUCAUUCAAAUGGAGAUGCUACAACUCAUGCAAAUGGAGAAAGCAAGUGGUCAUUCCUGUUCAGUUUGACAGAUCUGAAAUCAAUCAAACAAAACAAAGAAGGCAUGGGAUGGUCUUAUUUGGUGUUCUGUCUGAAGGAUGAUGUGAAGCUUCCAGCUCUUCACUUCCAUCAUGGAGAUAGCAAAUUAUUGAUUAAAUGCCUUGAAAAGCAUGUUGUGCUGAAUGAAUCUCCACAGGAUAAACGGAUUCUUCUUGUGAAUUCUCAGAACAAGUCUCUGUCUCAGUCUUUUGAAAAUCUCUUUGAUGAACCAUCAUAUGGCUUAUUACAAAAAUUGAAGAAAGAUCCAUACACAGUAACAAUGGGAAGAUUUUCCAAAGUCACAAACUAUAUUUUUGACAGCUUCCGUUUAAGUGACCCCUCAAGUCAAAGGCGACCACCAUCAGAAAUGGCAGACUUUCUCAAUGAUGCUAUUCCAGGGCUAAAGAUAAAUCAGCAGGAAGAACCAGGAUUUGAAGUCAUUACGCGAAUCGAUCUAGGAAAGCAGCCUGAAGUUAGUAGAAGAGAGCCUGUGUCGGCUGAAGAAUGGACUAAGAAUAUGGAUUCCGAAGGAAGAAUUCUAAAUGUCGACUACAUAAAGCAAUUGAUAUUCAAAGGGGGUCUCUGCCAUACUUUAAGAAAAGAGGCAUGGAAAUUUCUUUUGGGGUAUUUUCCUUGGAAUAGCACUAAAGAAGAGAGAGCAAAUCUGCAAAAAAGGAAAACGGAUGAGUAUUUCAGGAUGAAACUGCAGUGGAAAUCUGUCAGUGAGGAACAGGAGAAACGAAAUUCAAGAUUAAGAGAUUACCGGAGUCUUAUAGAAAAAGAUGUAAACAGGACAGAUAGAACAAAUAAAUUCUACGAAGGCGAAGAUAAUCCAGGAUUGAUUUUACUUCAUGAUAUUUUGAUGACCUACUGCAUGUAUGACUUUGACUUAGGUUAUGUCCAGGGGAUGAGCGACUUGCUUUCACCUGUCUUGUAUGUUAUGGAGAAUGAAGUAGAUGCCUUUUGGUGCUUUGUAUCAUACAUGGAUCAAAUGCAUCAGAAUUUUGAAGAACAGAUGCAGGGUAUGAAGACACAACUAAUUCAGCUGAGUACUUUGCUUCGUUUACUAGACAGUGGAUUUUGCAGUUAUUUAGAAUCUCAAGACUCAGGCUACCUUUAUUUUUGCUUCCGAUGGCUUCUUAUCAGAUUUAAAAGGGAAUUUAGCUUUCAAGAUAUUCUUCGACUCUGGGAGGUCAUGUGGACAGAAUUGCCUUGCCAAAAUUUUCAUCUUCUCCUUUGUUGUGCUAUCUUAGAAUCUGAAAAACAGCAAAUAAUGGACAAGCACUAUGGCUUUAAUGAAAUAUUAAAGCAUAUCAAUGAACUGUCUAUGAAAAUUGAUGUGGAAUAUAUACUCUGCAAAGCAGAAGCCAUUUCUAUGCAGAUGAUGAAUUGCAAGGAAUUGCCUCAAGCAGUUAGUGAGAUCCUGGGGAUAGAAAGCAGUUCUGUAACACCAGAUUCAGAUACUGGAGAGGAUGAAAGUGGAGCUGUGUUGAGUUGUCCGAAGUCGUCAUAUGAGAGUAUCUCAACACCUGUAAUUGCUGCCAAUGGAACAAGAGACAGCAGUCAACAGAUGUCUGAGACUCAGAGCCUGACACCUGCGUAAUUACAGUUCAUUAAAUUGAAGAAAGACUUUUAUUGAGCACGUUUUUUUCAAGCACUUGAGAGAUGGAUAUUUAAAUUUGGUGUUGAUUUAAGCUUUAAGGUUGGAAAGAAAAUCUGUACUGUAAUGCUCUUGCAUUAAAGCUUUACAACAUGACUCAA